GGGGGACAGCUCCGAUGCACACAAUAUGCCCAGACUCACACACCUGGCCUCUCGUAGCCACCUGCCUCUCAGGUACGGGCUCAGGGGGCCCGAGAUGGCAUACUCCUGGGUGAGGAUGAGAGCACAAGGGAUUCAUCUGGUCAGGCCAGAGGAGCAGGUCUGAGCCAGUAUGGGAGGCGCCCAAAGUCCUAAAUGACCCAAAGAUACCAGGGGAGCUGGGCCUGCCUGAGACCUGGCACAGUCUAUGUCUGAGACAAAGGAGUGCGACAGUGACGGGACAAACCCAAGCCAACCGUGGUCCACAGCCCCGCAGGAACCCCAGCAGCAUGGCCGCUACCAACUUCGCGGAGGAGAUGCGCUCCAUGGGGGCGAGGCUGCUGCUCAAGCUGCAGAGGCUGCCCCAGGCGGAGCCCGUGGAGAUCGCGGCCUUCUCAGUCAUCAUCCUGUUCACAGCCACGGUGCUGCUGCUGCUGCUAGUAGCCUGCUGCUGCUGUUGCUCCGGCUGUUGCCGCCCUGAGCCCCGGCGCAGGAAGGGCCAGGUGCGGCCCCUGACCCCACCGUGAGUGAUGGAGCGGUGACACGGAGAAGCUGAAGAGGAGGGCGGGGCUCAGCCAUGACCGAGGGUGUCUGCCUGGCCCUGAAGCCCCUGCCCCUCAAGACCAAGACGCAGCUCCAAGGCACUCGGCCCUGCCAGAGUGCCGGACACCCACGUCUGAGCCUUAGCAGGAAAUAAGUCGUCCUGAUCAUCCGACCCUCCCCUGCCAGCGAACACCAGGUGCCGAGGAGGAGUGAGUGAUUCAGAGACAGUAAGCCACUGGGUGUUCCCUGCCUACCUCACUUCUUAACAAGCCACUGAAGCAGGUUUGGAUGGAGGAAGAUAGCCCACACCUGGGGGGAGCUGGCCCUUGGGUUCUUCUGACCGGGUCAGGGAGCAGCAGGUCAGUCAGGAGGACACUGUGAUAGCUACAGACCCAGUUUCCUGCCAGAGUGGCACAUGUCAGUGUUCUAGCCCAGGACCUGCCGUUUCCUUCCCAAUAAAAGUUUUUUUGGUUGUGUA